AUGGACGGGCUUGGGACAUUCAUUCAAUCAGAUGCUAAAGGGAUAUUGGAAAAGAUACGAUUGUACUUAAUAGAGAAACUGCUGCCACGUUUGGAAGACAGAAGGAAGUAUCAUGAGGAUUUUGCCGCAUCCACUUCAUUUCAUGGAGUGCAUAACAUUGUUCAAACGCAGAGCAAGACUCGCAAAGUGCUGUGGCUCUUAGUAGUCACAGGCUGUCUUGCCAUUGUUGUUUGGCAAAUCUGCAGUCGCUUCAUCUACUAUUUCAGCUGGCCAACCACAACUACAGUGGUAGUUCAGUAUGUGGAAAAGGUCAAAUUCCCUGCUGUGACUUUUUGCAACUUGAACAGGUUUCAAGCUCAUGCAGUAAGCAACCUCAAAAUAAUUUUUUUAAUUUGGAACAUCGUGUCUGGAGUUCUUAAAAAAUUUGCUAUGGAAGAUAAAUAUUCUCAAGAGCUAAAUGACUUCCUUCUUGGGAACCAGAACUUCAGCAUCAAAGAGUUUACAAGGAAAAAUGGGUUUUAUCUGAACAGCAGCACAUUGCUAAAAUGUGAAUUUUUUGGAAAGCCAUGUUACCCACAGGAUUUUGAACAUGUUUUCACUGAAUAUGGAAACUGCUUUACUUUUAAUCACAAUGAUCUUCCAGCAAGAAGAGUAAGUUUGUCUGGAAGAGGCUUACAUUUGCUUUUUGAUGUCCAACAGGAACAAUUCACUGAUGAACCUGCUCUUGGUUAUACUGAUGCUGGUAUAACUUUUGUUAUCCAUUCACCUGAAGAACUUCCACGCUUUGAUGGCUUAGGUUUAUUAACACAAGUUGGUGUGCAUGCACAGGUCGCAAUCCGCCAGCUGAAGUCAAUUAUCCAAGAAUACCCAUGGGGAGAGUGCAAGCCUGAUAUACAACUUCAGUACCACAAGAUUUAUAGUACUAAUGGAUGUUUGCAGGAAUACAAAGCCCGGUAUAUACAGGACUGGUGUGGCUGCUUGCCAUUCAUUCUUCCAGGAAAUGGAAUAGAGUGUGAUUUGCUGAAGUUUUACAAUUGUGUUUAUCCAGCAAUCUAUGAUAUAGAGGUAAAAGGAUUAUGUACAGUAGGAACCCACAAUUCCACUUGCCCUGUCGCAUGUGAAGAAACAGAUUAUCCUACAACUGUCACCUAUUCAAGUUUUGGAGGAGAAAAAGCCAUGAAAUACAUUUCUGCAAAACUGAAGAAAAGCCCAGAAUAUAUCAGGUAA